AUGGCCGAGCAAAUGACAGUGUCUCUCCUGACCGAGGACGAAGCAUCACCGGACGUCGUUGCUCAGGAUGCCUUGAGCCCAGAGUCGGACGAGCCGCGACCGCUUUUUCUGGAGUCGCCUUCAGCCUCGCUCCCUUCAUUCUCGCCGCCUUGUACGCCGCCCGCUUCACAGGACAACAGGGCAGCCGUCUGCAACCACAGCCCACCCCAGUGCGUGCCCAUCGCCACGCCAAGCCCUAUGGUGGAUUCUUCUACAGGCUUGUCGUCCAUGCCGACGUCCAACAAAAAGGAAGUGGUUCGCCAGGCCCAGCCGACAAAAGCACGGGCAAGCGCAAAGACGACGCUAGAAGAGGACGAUCUUGGGCUUCGCGGCGGCCCUCCAAGAGCCUCGAUGUUCGCAGAGCUCGACAGGCUCGCAACUCUGGACAAGUCGCACCAAGCCAGUGUUCCUGUCCAGUCGGGCCAAGCCAGCUGUCAGGACCGCAGAACCCAAGCACCAGUGAACAAGCCCAACGGCACCGCGUGGCAGCCGGCCGAGUCGGCCAUUGUGGCCCGCUGCAUCCUUGAGGUGGGCGAGUCGCUCAUCAAGUGGGACCACGUCGCGCAGCGAGUCAACGACGAGUGGGCGACGCGAUCAGUAGGCAACAGUACGACGCUCAGAAAUGCAAAGAUGGCCAGAGCUCACUGGGUCCAGACGCUCAAGGCAAGACUGGAGAGGGAAGCAGGACUCGAGGUGACUUUUAAGCAGCCUGUCAGGACAAAGGCACCGGUUCGAAGGAAGAGGGAAAGGGUCAAUCAGGGAGAAGAAGAGGAAGAGAUGAGCGAAAAGACCAAGAGGAAGAGGUAG